AUGGGGAAGCCUUCAGCAGCACAACCAUUGCAGUCUGAGAAUGUAUUUAUCAAGAAGAGGUUCAAGCGAAAAUGGAAGAGACGAAUCGAACCAGGAAAUGCUAUAGCUGGGAAACAGUUUUGUCAAGGUGCAGGGUCCAAGCCAUCUCUUCGCAAAUUGAUUGUAGCCAUCCCACCAAGAUUGACAAAAAAUCAGUCUUAUAAAUGGUUGACUCAAGCUUCAGCAUGCAUCAUUGAGGACAAGCACCACAUGAGCAAGAGGAAAAACACAAGGGACGAGGGGGAUUGGGAGACCGAACGACGGCUGGAGUGGAGCCUAGCGGCGCUGGACGGCGGAGACCUUCAUUGCGAGGGCCGAGCGCUCCACCGACGGGGACGCCGCGCCGGGGUCGCCGUGGGAGGUGGGGCCGCCGUGGCUGCAGCGCUCGAGCUUCACGCCCGCGCCGGGGUGGCCGCAGCCACCGUGCUUGCGCUCGCCGCCCGCUCCGGGGUGGCCGGAGCCGCCACGCUCGCAACGCCGGUCGCGCCGGGGAUGUCCGAGACCGGAGAGGCCGGGGUCGCCGCGCCCGUACCUCGCCUGCGCCAGGGUCACCGGGAACGACGCGAACGCACCCCGCCCGCGCUGGGGCUGCUGGCCCAUCGGGUCGCGUCGGGAUGA